AUGGCCACCAUCGCCCCUGCUCGUAGUGACUCCCCGGCAAAUCCUGUUCAAAGGAUAACCUCUCCGUCAAUUGGCAGUCCGGGUGGGACACCUUCGUCCUCAGUUCGCCCCUCCUUCGAUCUGCCCAGGAACAAUGCAUCCUCUUCUUCUCCCUCUUUACAACAGAAUGCCACUCUGGCAAGUCCCGCUUCGACAACGCAACGGCGGAAUCGUGCAGCCCUUCGAGACUACUACAACCUCAAAUCCAAAGGCGCUUCUGCCGCAAGUCACGAGCACCGAGAUAUAAGCCGCACAGCGAGCAUAACCUCUACGACCUCUGAUUCCACGAUAGCCACCACCUCCACUGCCAUACCGGAGGCUCCAAGCUCAUCCCUCGCGGCACACUUGGACGACCCGAGCUUUGACGCCGAAUCCUUCGUCUCCGAUCUCUUGAAAACUGCCAGUCUGCGUGACAUUCUGAAAACCGAGAGUUCACUGGUCAGUGAAAUCAGGACACUCGACGGCGAGAGGAAGGCAUUGGUUUACGAUAAUUACAGUAAGCUGAUCAAAGCGGUGGGGACGAUCGCUGAGAUGCAGAAAGGGAUGCACAAGGAAAAGGAGCAAGACAUUAGAGCGAGUGUGCUGGCCAGACAGAAGAGUGAGCAAAAUCCCAGCCUUGAUAGUGUGGCAUUGUUGGGGGAAAAAUUGGACCGGUUGUUAAAAGUUGUAAAAGAGUUUGGCCCAGGCACAACGGAUGGUGAGCGGGCAGCGAAGUCGAUGGAGGCGAGGCGGAUGAGGACACAAAAAGAGAGCGUCAAAUGGGCGCUGAAUGCUCCUGUGCGGCUGCAACAAAUGAUUGAUCGAGGAGAAAAGGAGGGUGCUGAGAGAGAGUAUAUCCAUGUCGCAGAAGUGUUGGACAGGUGGAGCGGGGUCGAUGGAGUCGAGGAGCUCCGAGCCAAAUGUGAAAAGGUCAUGGAGGAUACAAAAGAGGAAACGAGUGCAAAUGAGCAAGGCGACUCGGGUUGA